CCGCUUUCACAAUCGCUUCUCUGAUUUCAGCCGCCGACAGCUCAGUGAAGGCGGCGGUGUGCGCGGCCCGGGGCCCGGGGCCGGUCAGGCUGUGUGCUGACCCGACUGGGAUGCAUUAUAGCGCCGUGACCAGAGACAUGGAAGCUUUCACAGCGAACAGCAUUAACAGCCUGAACUCCAGCGGCGGUUACCACCUCUCCCCCUCCCCCGGAGACACCGGCAGUUUCACCCACGAAGCCCACUACCAGCAGCCGUGCCCGGCCGGAGCCCAGGGCUACCCGGGAUUCGGUACUAACUCGGGCCCGGAGCCAGACAGCGACCCCCGGCCCCCGGACCACUCCCCCACCGGCAAAUCAGCCGUCAAGAAAAACCCCAAAGUGUCCAACAUCAACGUACAGCUGGAGAUGAAAGCCCUGUGGGAUGAGUUUAACCAACUGGGAACCGAAAUGAUUGUGACUAAAGCAGGAAGGAGAAUGUUCCCCACUUUCCAAGUGAAGAUCUUUGGGAUGGACCCGAUGGCUGACUAUAUGCUGUUGAUGGAUUUUGUCCCCGUUGAUGACAAAAGAUACCGAUAUGCCUUCCACAGCAGCUCCUGGUUAGUGGCAGGGAAGGCAGACCCCGCUACCCCAGGGAGGGUCCAUUACCAUCCUGAUUCCCCGGCCAAGGGCGCCCAGUGGAUGAAGCAAAUCGUGUCGUUCGACAAGUUGAAACUAACCAACAAUUUACUGGAUGAUAAUGGGCAUAUCAUCCUGAACUCCAUGCACAGAUACCAGCCAAGGUUUCACGUGGUCUAUGUUGACCCGAGGAAAGAUAGCGAGAAAUACGCCGAGGAGAACUUCAAGACCUUCCUAUUUGAGGAGACGCGGUUUACAGCAGUGACGGCCUAUCAGAACCACAGAAUCACGCAACUAAAAAUUGCAAGCAACCCGUUUGCAAAAGGAUUCAGAGAUUGUGACCCAGAAGAAUGGCCGAGAAACCACAGACCCGGGUCCCUGCAGCUGAUCAGUGCCUUCGCCAGAAACCGCAACCCAGUGUCUUCCUCUCAACAGAACGGCAGUGACAAAGACGGAGACUCCAGGAGUGAGUACGACAGAGAUCUGAGCCGGACGUCAAUGCACCCGGACCAUCCACACCAGCAGCAGCUCAUGUCCCGGGUGUUGAGCCCAGCGCUAACGGGGGGGCUUCACCCGCUGAGCAGACCGAACCCACCCCACGAACUGCGGCUGGACCCUCACACACAGCCCCCGGAGGGUCUGCACCACACCUACAAAUACCGCUCCUACCACCACGAGGCCUAUAUCGGUGCCAAAAGCAGACCCAGCCCGUACCCUCUGCCCGGCAUAUCGGGGCACGGUUACCAUCACAUGAACCCCGCCGCCAACAUGUACCCCCCCACCUCGGCCCCCGCCAAUUACGACUACGGCCACCGAUAGCCGCUGACUCCCAGCGACGCCUCCUGCUGUGUCUGCCUUAAAGAGGAACAGACUCUUGACGCUGCGAAUAAUGUAGAGAAGAUUGCGGAGACUGGGAAUGAAUGAGUUAAUUAAUUAAUGAAUCGAUUAACCCGAGUCUCGAAGCUUUUUAACCUGAGUUGAAUCCACCGUUCCGAUCCAUGUUCCGCGUUUUGGAAGCUGCUGGGUGGGCGGGUGGGUGGGAGACGGAUGGAUGAUUGACAUUUGCUGCGGCCAAUCAGCAUCUGCACAGCGGUUGAGUGACAGCGGGCGGAACCCAAUGGCUAUCUCUGAUAGGCUGUGUGCGUGGAGGGGGGGCGGGUCCCGGUUGGCGAGUGUUGGCUGGAUGGUAAAGAUGGAAAGUGGAUCAAGUGAUUUCAGGGAAUGGAAGGACUGACUGGAGAACGGGAUCAUUAAGGAAGACAGAACGUCAAUGGGAGUAUUUUGCAUAGUUUUUGUGUCGUUGCACUUUCUUUGAGAGCUUGAAAGAGAGAGAGAGAGAGAGAGAAAGCCAUAUGUUGUUCAUUAGAGGGAUGAUAGACACAAACUACUUGUCAACGUCACCAUAUAGUUAAAGGCUGAAACCAGGAUUUUUUUGUAUUAUUAUUAUUAUUAUCAUUGAUAUUUCUUCCUCUGUGUGUGUGCUUCGAUUGUAUUAAUAGUGGGUGUAUCAUUCACGUUCAAGAUUAAACUAGAACAUCAUAUCACAUGCCCUGUGCAUUAAAGUAUUACAUUUUAAAACAUGCUAAUGGAAUAAAUAUCACUUUUGUUUAAUUAAAAAGAGACAGAAAUCUCUCGAUUUAUGUCCACCAUAAACUAUUGUAUUGACUCAGAUCUAAGUCAACGAGAAUCGCAAUACAAUUUAAAGUUACCUACUGAUUUUAUAUAUAUAUAUACAUGUAUAUAUAAAUAUAUUUUUAAUUUAAUCCGUAGUGUGUGCAAACAACCACUGAAUAUGUGUUAAUAUGUUAAUGGCAUGUUACAUUGCUUUUUUUUCUGCUCUUAAAAAUACAGGCAAAAUUGAGCAUUUGUGGAGUCCUGUAGUGUAGUGGUUAGUGAGCUCGCCUCGCGAGCGAGAGAACCCAGGUUUGAUUCCCAGGCGGGGCAAAACCUUAGACAAGUUUCUUUACUCCACACACACACGCCUCUGUGUACCUCGCAGUGAGUAGGAACCCGGUUGUUAGUCGAUUGUCAGAUCGUUUUCCGGGGGUAAUGAUCACUCAGAAAGAAAUGUGUGAUCACUCAAUCCACGACUGUUUGUGAGACACUGCUGUGUUCAGUUAGCUGCCGCGCUUCGCACUAAAAAUACACAGUCACUCCACUUUACAGUAUAUUCUGUGAAGCACUUUGAGAGGUCUCAACAACGUGAUAAGGCGCUAUAUCAAAUGCAAGGAUUAUUAUGAAGUGUUGUGCAUGUUUUGGUCUCUCCUAAUGUCUGGGAGUUAAAUGAUAUUUUUUUUCUGUAGCUGUAACUGAAAACAGUGAGAGACGAGAAAGAGAGAGAGAGAGAAAACACACAAACACACACACAACCCAGUGGUGAUCAUGUAGAAUUGUGACACGAUUGGCCGAAUUCCUGUACGAAUCUUAGUGCCAAAUUUUGGUCAUUGCAAACAUUAUAAAGUUGAAUGAAGUUGGUAUUUAUUGUUGACUGCAAUGCAGCAAAUGAUUAAAAAAAACAAAGAGUUUUUGUGGGGGAAAACAAGAGAAUUCUAAACUUAAAGACAGCAUCUCUCAAACAGGGAUCUGUGUAGAUAAAUGACUGUAGAUAUUUAAUCUUGUAGAUAAACUGUGUGUAGAUAGCAAGUGUUCCUGUUUUUCUCUCAUCGUUUUGAGAUGAAAUGGCGUGUUGUAAUUUUCUAUAUAAACCCGGAAAAUUAAAAAAAAAUGAGCGUGCGCA